AUGUGGCGACUUCUCGGCUGGUCCUCCAAGACGGACACAGAACCCCCUCGCAGCCUGCCAGCAUCAUGGUACCGCUCCGAAGCCUUGUACCAGCUAGAGCGGCGUGCCAUCUUCUCCAAGCGCUGGAUACUGCUUACCCAUUCCACCCGCUUCUCCAAAGCAGGCGACUACCUCUCCUUCACCAUCGCCGACUUCUCCUUCUUCCUCGUCCGUGACCGCGACGGCGCCAUCAACGGCUUCCACAACAUCUGCCGCCACCGCGCAUACCCCGUCGUGCCGAACCGCGAGGGAACAGCCUCAAUCCUCUCCUGCAAAUACCACGGCUGGUCCUACGGCCUCAAGGGGAAUCUCUCCAAAGCACCCCGCUUCGAAACAGUCCCCGACUUCGAUAAAUCCCAACACUCCCUCCUCCCAGUCCACGUCCACAUCGACCACGUCGGCUUCGUCUGGGUAAACCUCCAAGCCGGGGAACCAGACGUGAAAUGGAAAGACGAGUUCCAAAGCGUCGACACCGAGCCGCGCAUGCAGGGGUUCGACUUCUCAUCCGGCGGGUACAAGUUCGACCACACCUGGGAAAUGGAUGUUGAUUCGAACUGGAAGCUCCAGAUUGAGAAUUACAACGAGUGUUACCACUGCGCCACCACUCAUCCGCUUAUCAAUGGCGUUACGGAUAUCCCGCGGUACCGGGUUGAGCCGAGCUCUAAUGCGAGAUAUAUGGAGCAUCAUAUUGUCAAUAAAGGGGCGACGGAUCAGCAGUUCCAGCGCGCAAUCACGUAUUUCUUUCCGACGACGUCUGUGACUGUUACGAACAAAUUCUUUUACAUCCAGCGUAUGCUCCCGGUCACAGCUACAACAAGUAAGAUCGAGAAUGAAGUGUACAGACACAGCUCUGCGACAGACGAGGAGUUCAGCGGGAUCCUUGCGUUCUACCGGCAGGUCCUGACUGAGGAUCGGGAGCUCUGUGAGGGUGUUCAGCGCAGUCUUCGGACGGGUAUCUUCAUGAAUGGAGAGCUGCAUCCUGAUAAGGAGAAGGGCCCGAUUCGGUUCCAGAAUGCUUUGAGGAAGAUGGUUAUGGAGCAUCAGCAGAAGGAGGCGAGUGCCGGGGCGGAAAUUUGGCCGGCUGUACCGAAGGUGGUUGGCGGUGCGAUGACGGGCAAGUUGAGUGAGGAGGUGAGGUUUUGCUCGCAGUUGGACAGAGAGAGUUGUGGAAGGAGGGAGGAGCUGAGUUGGUGA